UAUAUCUAUUUUUCUAUAAAACGAUAUUAUAGUCUACCUCCCGGUCCGUUUCCAUUGCCUAUUGUAGGAAAUAUAUUGUCAUUUAAAGGUAACCACUAUUAUGACGAUAUAUUACGAAACUGGUCCAAAAAGUAUGGACCAGUUUUUACGUUUUAUAUAUUAGACAAACCGCUAGUGAUUAUCACUGAUCCAGAUAUGGCUAAAAAAGCGUUUCAAUCAAAAGAUUUUUCCGGACGUAUGAAAACAUUUACCGCAAGUAUAUUUAUAAACUAUACUAGUUUACUAUAUACUGAUUACGGUCCCGCUUGGGAAGCAUUGAGACGUGUAGCGCAAUCGGCCGCACAAAAAUAUUCAACAAAUGAGGAGUUAAUAAUAGUUGCCGUAAAUUCUGUUGAAAAAAUAGUCCAAACAAUGUUGAAAACAGAGGGUCCGGACAAACCUAUUGAACCAUUUAAUUACAUAUAUCUUAUGUUUUUAAACAUUUUGGCUAACAGUGCUUUUGGAGAAAACUACGAUAUGGAUGAUCCGGAAUUUAUAUUUUUAAAAUAUAUAUUACGCGACGCUUAUGAAGAAACGCAAUCAAAUUAUUUUACGCGUGAAUUGUCGCCAAUAAUACAGUUAAUGGAUUAUAAGACAACCGGAAAACAACGUAAACUAAUGGGUCAGACAAUCGAUUUAAUGAUCAGAAAGUUUAAUAAACAUUACACCGAUUAUAAUCCCGAUAGUGACCGGGAUUUUUGCGACGCACUUAUAUCGGCCAAAAAUGAUCGGCUCAGGGAAGGCCGCGAAUCGGCCAAAUAUCUGACCGAUACUAAUCUGGCGAUGACUGUGUUUGACCUGUUUUUUGCCGGUACCGAUACAUCCCAACAAACAUUUCAAUGGUUACUAUUGUUUUUAGCGUACUAUCCGUUAAUACAACAAAAAUUACGGCAAGAAAUCGAUGAUACUAUUGGUGACCAAAUGCCCAAACAUGCGGACAGACAGCGCCUGCACUAUACUAUGGCAUUCAUAUCGGAAACAUUGCGCUACCGUAAUGUUGCCCCCUAUGGCUUACCACAUAAGGCUAUAGUUGAUUGUCAAUUAGGCAACUAUAAAAUACCUAAAGGACAGACAGUCGUAUUUUAUCAGUCAAUUUCGUUACGAAAUACCGAUGAAAAAUACUGGAAAAAUGGUUUAGAUUUUCUACCCGAACGGUUCAUCGAUAAGGACGGCCGCUAUCAGAUCGCCGGACAUCCCGCUUAUACACCCUUUGGUGUCGGACGUCGUAAUUGUUUGGGUGAAAAACUAGCCAUCGCUGACCUGUUUCUAGUGUUGGUCUGUUUUCUACAGUCGACCCGCAAUUACGAUAUUGUUUUGGAUGACCAGCAAAAUGGUGGCAUCGGUUUGGAUACUAAUCUAGUGGAAGUUAGUCCAAAUUAUUAUCGUAUUAUUUUGAAAACUAAAAAAUGA